GGCCGAUGGAGGGGCCGAUGGAGGGGCCGAUGGAGGGGCCGAUGGAGGGGCCGAUGGAGGCGCCGAUGGAGGCGCCGAUGGAGGGGCCGAUGGAGGCGCCGAUGGAGGCGCCGAUGGAGGCGCCGAUGGAGGCGCCGAUGGAGGCGCCGAUGGAGGCGCCGAUGGAGGCGCCGAUGGAGGCGCCGAUGGAGGCGCCGAUGGAGGCGCCGAUGGAGGCGCCGAUGGAGGCCGAUCUGUUUGCAGAGAGCCCAUCAUCACAGUCUGAUGAAGACUGGGAGCCAAGCACAGCAGGGGUCUACGGGCAAGAGGACAGUACCUCUGGAGAAGAGGAGACCAUUUCCCUAACUCCAGCCAAAAGUCCGAAGCGGUGGAGUGGCAGAGGAAGGGGAAGGGGAAGGGGAAGGGGAAGGGGGAGGGGAGAAAUAAUAAGAACAAGCCCAAGCCCCAGUGACCAAGCCAGCACAUUAGCUGAGAGAUGGAAUGAUGUGGACGUUCCUGACAUAGAGCCACCACGGAUAAUCUUUUGUCCUAACCGCACCCCAGGACCCCAGCUCAUCAUGACAGAAAAUUACACACCUGUCCAACUUUUCCAGCUCUUUUUCAGCAACGAUGUUUUGCUUCCCAUUGUGAAAAACACAAAUGAACAUGGCUCUGCGCAUUACUCCACGCCCUCACAUCCAUGGACAAACAUUGACUUACGGGAUAUGUUUUCCUUCAUAUCAGUGGCGAUUUACAUGGGUGUGGUGAAGUGCUCAUCCUAUACAGAUUACUGGCGGGGGGAUGAUCUGUACAGUUUACCAUUUCCGAAAAGAGUCAUGGCAGGACGGAAGUUCAGGAAAAUGACCUGGGCGCUCCAUCUCAAUAGUGCGGCAAUGGAUGCUGAGAAUGAGGGGAGAAGAGGCACUGCAGCCUUUGAUCGUCUCGGAAAAAUAAAGCCCCUAUAUGAUGACAUGAGGGAGGCCUGCAAGAGAAACUAUCAUCCUAACCAGGAGAUUGCCAUUGAUGAGAGGAUGGUUGCUUCAAAAGCGAGGAUUGGACUGAAACAGUACAUGAAGCGCAAGCCUGUGAAAUGGGGCUACAAGCUUUUUGUCUUGGCAGACUCCAAGGCUGGAUAUACCUGGGACUUCUUUGUCUAUCAGGGAAAGUCAACAGUUAACACAGGGAAAGGAAUCAGUUAUGAGUCGGUAAUGGAGCUGCUAAAGCCCCAGUUGCUGGGCACAGGCUACAAGCUCUUCGUGGACAACUUCUACACCAGUACCACACUCUUUCAAGACCUGCUAAAGAUGAAGGUCUGGGCAUGCGGCACCAUUCGGACAAAUCUGAUCGGGUUUCCCAGAACCACAGAGAACAGCCUGGAUUCCAAGUCUCCCCGUGGCAGUGUGAGAUGGAUCAGGAAGGACUCCCUCCUCUAUGUUCAGUGGAGAGACACUAGGGAUGUCUCCCUCUGCUCAACACUCCACCAAGCACACGCAGGGGAGACUAUCAAACGGCGAAUCCGGAGUGCAGAUGGGCAGUGGGAAGUGAAAGACAUCCCGGUUCCGCCAGUGGUCAAAGACUACAACCAGCACAUGGGUGGAGUGGACCUGUCGGAUGCCCUCAUAGGGUUCUACAAGGUCCUCCACAAAACCAGGAAGUGGUACAAAACAUUCUUUUUUCAUUUUCUGGACAUCGCCAUCGUGAAUGCCUUUCUCCUCCACAAGGAGCUCGCCAUUGCUAAAGGACAGGUGCCGAUGAACCAGAAGGCAUUUAGGGAGACCCUUUCACGGGACCUGGCAAGGAUGGGUUCUGCCCCCACAGACAAGCCGGUCCAAGGCCCUGCUCCUGCUCCUGCUCCUGCUCCUGCUCCUCACAGGGUGAUCUAUAUUAGUGGGAACAGCACUGCCGGCCGGCUGAAGUGCAGAAACUGCCACAAGAAGACACCCGUGAAGUGUGUCACCUGUGAUGUUCCGCUUUGCUUCCUGGCUGGACGGGAUUGCUACAAUGACUGGCAUGUUGCCAACAGUUUUUGGAAGUAGUUUCAUGUUGACAUUUGUAAAUAGGUUGUGUUUUAUUGUAAAUACUGUUUUGUUGUAGUUUAUUAGCAUGUUAUUAUUAUAUUUGAUGUUUUUACUAUUUGUCAUUGAUAAUUGUAAAUACUAUCUUGUUUGACUUAUAAAAACAAUUUAUAACAUCUA